GCAAACACUUGCACACAUUCUUGCGUUGAACAUUUUCUGAACCUUUCCUUUGCCAGCUUAGACGUGAUGAAUUUUAACUGUCUCCGUAUUCUGAUAUUUCAGUUGCUAAACUGCUACACUUAAUAAACUGCUUCUUCCAGGUAGUCUAGUGGAAUGUAGUAGUAUGGGUUAAUCUUUGAAGGUUUCUCUAACCACUUAAGGGGAAGCUGAAAGUGGAAAUCAUGAGCUUUGGAAUGAGCCAUUUUCCUCCAUUUGGACUGUACCACUUUACCACUAUUUGGGCAAUUUUCUUCAGCGCUCUGAUAAAAUGGAGAUGUAAAGUCACAAGCUUGCUAGGGAAUCCCGGGUCUCCGUUUUAAACGGGUUUUCACAUUCUGUUGCAUGUUUGGGAGGGUCGCCUGGCAAAACAACUGGCUUGUUCACCGGUGCUUGGUUUUGUGUGCCUCCGCAUUAACCUUGGAGGGUUUAAAACACUGCUGGGCCCUUCUCAGCCGUUUGUUCCCUGACGUUCCCAGAUGAUGGAGAUGCAGUUGGUCCAGGGCUGCCCUUUGAACACCAAUGUGUAAAAGGACUGUAUUCCUUCCCUCCGCGUCACAGCCCCCUACCUCACACCUUGCAACCCCCCCAGUAAAGAACAGGACAGCAGCAGCUUCUAAGUAGAGAUGCAAGGAAGGCCUGGGCCUGUAAACCGGCAUUAACGACUACAACUUUUAAAAGGGGAACCAAGGUUUCCUUUUGUGGACAUUUAGAUUGAGGAGGUUUAUUUAGAUGGUUAAUUUGCAGAACACCUAAGUAUUUUGAUGUCUGACUUGCAGAAAAAAAGGAAAGGAAAAUAAAGCUGACUCUAAUGGCAACGGCAGAAUAGUGAAAAGUAGAUGGUAAUGGUAUUUACUGGUGUUGAGGACAGUUAACAGCAAUUAGUGGGGACCAGGCCCCAUUGACGCAAGAAGACGUGGGAGGCUCGCGGUGGCUGCAGCCUGAACGCAGUGACGCACUUCCGUGGGCGAGGCUGGCCGCACGCACGCUUGCUUCCGUCGCGCCUGCGUGGUCUCCCCCGGGCGGACGGUUGUGGCGGUUUAUUGGGAUCAGCCAGCUAAUAGGAGAGACGGUGCUUUAACUCCCGAGGGCCAUGCGCCCUGGUGCAGCCUUCAGGACCUGCCAUAAAGUUUGCAGGUGCCUACUGUCCGGGUUUGGGGGUCGGGGAAAUGGGGGACAGCCAGAGCAGUUGACUGAAGGAAGCGGCUCCGUCGGAGGGCCCUUGAGGUCGCACGCGGAGCUGCCCCGCAGGAGCGAGCCGAGAGACGCCCCCGAGUCAGGCGGUGAGGGGAGCGAGGCGCUGGUGGAGAUCUGUCAGAAAAGGCAUUUCUUCAGUGGCAUCAAGCGGCAGCUUAGCCGAGAUUCUCUUCUGAGCGGGUGCCACCCCGGCUUUGGCCCCUUGGGCAUAGAGUUGCGGAAGAACCUGGCGGCAGAAUGGUGGUCUUCGGUGGUGGUGUUCCGGGAGCAGGUUUUCCCGGUAGACGCCCUCCACCAAGAACCCGGCCCUUCGCUGACCGGGGACCGUGCCUUCAGGUUAGUUUCUGCAGAAGCUCUACGGGAAGUCUUGCAACAGAAAGAUCUGAGUAAGGAACAACUAGUAGCAUAUCUUGAGAACUUACUAAAAACUUCUGGGAAGCUACGGGAGAACCUUCUUCACGGUGCCUUGGAGCACUAUGUUAAUUGCCUGGAUAUGAUAAACAAGAGGCUACCUUUUGGCCUUGCUCAGAUUGGAGUGUGUUUUCAUCCUGUUUCUGAUACUAAGCAGACACCUGAUGGUGUUAAAAGAAUCGGUGAAAAGACUGAAGCUUCACUGGUAUGGUUUACUUCGGCAAGAACUGCAAGCCAGUGGCUUGAUUUCUGGUUACGUCAUCGACUCCUGUGGUGGAGAAAGUUUGCCAUGAGUCCAUCUAACUUCAGCAGCAGCGAUUGUCAGGAUGAAGUGGGCCGAAAAGGAAGCAAACUCUACUACAAUUUUCCCUGGGGAAAGGAGCCAAUAGAAACCCUGUGGAAUCUAGGAGAUCAUGAAAUUCUACACAUGUAUCCCGGAAAUGUGGCCCAAUUACACGGCCGAGAUGGACGAAAAAAUGUGAUUCCUUCUGUUUUAUCUGUAAAUGGAGAUCUAGACCGAGGCAUACUGGCCUACCUCUAUGAUUCGUUCCAGCUAACAGAGAACUCCUUUACAAGAAAGAAACAUCUUCAUAGAAAGGUUUGUCAAGGGCUGUUCAAUGAAUUACUAGAGAAUGGAAUUUCUGUGUGGCCUGGUUAUUUGGAAACUGUGCAAUCCUCAUUGGAACAACUUUAUUCAAAAUAUGAUGAAAUGAGUAUCCUCUUCACAGUGUUGAUUACUGAAGCUACUCUGGAGAAUGGAUUAAUACAUCUGAGAAGUAGAGACACCACAAUGAAGGAAAUGAUGCAUAUAUCCAAAGUGUACAGCAAAGUGAUUCUUUUCCAUUACAAGUUCUUACAAGAUACAGAAUACAGUUCCCUGGGCUAUACAUGCUGCUUUUUGAACUGAAAGGGAGAAGAGGAACACGAGAAAACUUUUUUUCCACAUGGCGUUUUGAUUUGGAGAUUCAAGCCUCAAAACGGUAAGUGAGCCUUGUAUGUGACACAAGG